AGAGAAUGGGUCGGGAGUUUUAAGCUCCARUUUUCCCCCUUUGGGGACAUUUAUUUUCUUUUAUUUUGUUUUCUUUAUGUUCAUUUGUACUUUUGACGGAGUUGUUGGGAGGACGCAGGCUUGUGCAGGAUUCGAGAUUGAUGCUCAUUCAUAAAGUCAGAACUCAGUCCGGGCUGCAGAACGUGUCAACAGCUGCAGCGUGUGUUGAAAGAGGUUCGCCAACCCUACCGAAGCACCAGAUUAUCUAAACGGGACUUUGUUUAUGCCAGUCUAUGGUGAACGGUCAAACCAGAGGUGGGCAGUAAAGGAGUUGGUAUAUUAUCAAGAUCAAAGGCAGCAGAAACUUCCUUUUCGUGGGAUCAGAGGACGACCUCAACUGGGACAGCAAGGCCUACAUGGAUGAGAUGGUGGAGAGACUGAAGACUCGGGAAGAGCAACUUUGAUUGAGAGUGUGUAGGAAUAUGCAGAAAGCCACGUAAAUGAUGGAGAAAGAACAGCACAACACUAUAAUCUUCAAUGCGUCAAAAAGGGAACUUUUUAACAGCAACAAUGGAUACAAGUCCAUGCAGAAGAAACUCAGAGCUCAGUGGAAAAUACAAAGUAUCAAAGAAGAGCUGYUGGAGGAGAAGUUGAAAGGGGUCAAGUUGUGGAUAACUGCAGGACCAAGAGAAAAGUUCACAGCAUCAGAGCUAGAGGUCCUUAAGCAGUACCUGGAUGGAGGAGGAAAUAUGCUGGUCAUGCUCGGUGAAGGAGGAGAAAUGAAAUAUGACACAAACAUCAACUUCCUCCUGGAGGAGUUUGGCAUUAUGAUCAACAGUGAUGCUGUUGUGAGGAAUGUGUACUACAAAUAUUUCCAUCCCAAGGAGGCACUUGUUUCCAAUGGCGUGUUGAACAGAGAGAUUAGUCGAGCUGCUGGCAAGACACUCACAGGAGUGACUGAGGAUGAAAACAGUGGAAACAAUGCCCAAGCGGUCACGUUUUUGUACCCGUACGGAGCCACACUGGGUGUGAUGAAGCCCGCUGUGGCUGUUCUGUCAACCGGUUCGGUCUGCUUCCCGCUCAACAGACCCGUCUUGUCUUUCUACCAGGGAAAGGAGUCUGGCAAACUGGCUGUUCUGGGUUCGUGCUACAUGUUCAGUGAUCAGUACAUAAACAAGGAAGAAAACGGUAAAAUCAUGGAUGUUGUGCUUCGGUGGCUCAUGACUGAUAGUAUUCAGCUCAAUCAGAUUGAUGCAGAAGAUCCAGACAUGACAGAUUACACCAUGCUGCCGGACACAGGGUGUCUGUCAGAACAGCUUAGAGUCUGUUUACAAGAAGGGGAUGAGAACCCCCUGGACUUCACUUCUCUUUUCAAUGGGUCUUUGUUCAACUUGGCAACUGACACUUUGCCCCAAGUCAUAAACGCCUAUACCAAACUUAAUGUUAAACAUGAGCCUCUUCAACUCAUCACACCACAGUUUGAAACACCUCUGCCUCAGCUUCAGCCUGCUGUUUUCCCACCUGCCUUAAGCGAUUUGCCUCCUCCAAUGUUGGACCUGUUUGAUUUAGACGAAACGUUUUCAUCUGAGAAAGUUCGCCUUGCCCAGCUCACCAAUAAAUGUACAGAUGAAGAUCUUGAAUUUUAUGUACGCAAAUGUGGUGAAAUUCUGGGUGUGACGCCCAAAUUGGAUAAGGCGCAGAGGGAUGCAAAGCACAUCUUGGAACACAUCUUCUUCCAGGUGGUAGAGUUCAAAAAGCUUAACCAGGAGCACGACAUGGACACAGAGGCACCGUUCACUUAGUCUUGAUUAGAAGUAGAAUCAAGUUGAAUAUUUACCAAAUGCCUUAUUACAGAGCUGAGAAUGACCAAGUCUGAAACGAUGUCGUGUUUCACUUAGGAACUACAUGUACAGGUUUUAUUUACAUGAAUUGCAACAAUGUAAAAUGAUAGUCAAAAAUAAAUUUCCUCCUUUAUUA